UGUUCCUCGCCUUGGUGGGGAUAGUUGGAGCUGGUGGUUGCCGUAAGCAUUGGUUGAAAUAAUGUUUAAAUGUUAUCAACUGCUGUAGCUGUUAUUUGUGUUAACACUUUAAACAAAAGAUGAUUACAAUCCCUUUGGAUUUUGGGGGAAUGAUAGAAUACUAGCAAAAUGAGAAGAGUUGCUUAAGGAGAAGAAAAAUAAGUUUGCUCUGAAACGCAGCUGUUCCCUUUGGGAUAUAAACUAGGAAUAUGACAGCGAACAAAGAUUUACAGACAGAGAUCCAUCCUCUGAAAAAUGAUGAAACUGAAUCUCAACACGCAAAUGAAGCUUCUGACAAACCCAAAGUAACCAAGCGCAAGAAGCUUACAAAAUUUGGUCAGCUUUCCAAAUGGAGAACUGCUGCCUUUUUCUUGGUGUUAUUUUUAUGCCUAGUUGUGGUGUUCGCAUUCUCCUUCAUAAUUCCUUGUCCAGUCAGACCUUCAUCACAAAGGGAAUGGACCACAACAUUUGAAAAUGCAGCGACUUACCCUUUUCUCACACUGUGGGAUGCAAACCAAGACAAAGUUGCAGAUGUGAUGUUUGCAUUCAAGGAUUCCAACAACACCAACAAUGGAUCCUGUGUUUCUGAGGAUGGCCUUUCUUUUCCUUGUGCUUAUCUAACUGUUCUCUCUGGAACAAAUGGGAGCCUCCUUUGGAAGCAAACUGUAGUGGAAGAUAUUCAGCAUAUUCAAUGCGGGGUUGAAAAUCUCAGUGACAGAAAGUCUUCAGGAUGUCUAGUUAUUGGAAUUCCUCAUUACGUUAUCGCAAUCAAUUCUUCUGGCGAAACAUUGUGGAGCCUCAACACCAGCCUUGCUACAGAUCUUUUAGUGAUUGGUCCUGCAUUGAUACUCCCAGAUCUAGAUGGUGAUGAAGUGGAAGAUCUUUUGCUGAUUUUUAUACCUUCUCAUCAGGGCAACGCUGUUAACGAGUUGAUCUUCAUGCUAGUAUCUGGAAAGAGUGGUGAUCCCAUUGGUCAAAGAGUGUACCUAAAUAGUGCCAAAGGUCUAGUGCCUUCCAGUCCAUUGAUUCAUGUUACCAACACUGGGGCGUACUAUAUUCUCUUCAUUCAAGGAACUGUGCAAGGAGUGGCACUGACAGAUAUUUAUACUCAAGCAACUGGAAUACCACUUUCAGCACCUAAACUAAAUUCAAUAUUAAAGAAAUCCGAUCCUGAAUGGGAGAAGAAAACCAAUAUCACGUCAGGAAUAAUAGAAGUAUACAACUCCCAGCCAGUGAAAUAUCUUCAGCAAGUGCAUGUUGCAGGGACGAACGCUGGCAAACUGCUCAUCAGUACAGAUUAUGCAGUUGAGCUUUUGGAUGGACAGAGCUUGCAGAGCUAUUGGUACCAUAAUCUGUCUCGGAUUCAAGGGAUGCCACUGCCUGGUUAUUUUAACAAGGAUGAUACAUUUGAUUUUCUAAUCGAAGAUUUAAUUGAAAAGAACAUGAAGAAGGUUACUAUUGUGGAUGGUAAAAGUGGCAAAAUACUAUGGGAGGAAGAAUUGAUUACCAGGGAGAACUGUCCAAAACCAUCUUCUGUCAACACUGUAUCCCAGUCCAUCUUUUUUUUCUGGGGUGAACUUCCAACACAAAACAAUGUUUCCUUGCUGGAAAGUUUUUCAGAAAAAAGUCAUAACCUCUAUAUGCUUCAUCCAUUGCAUCCAAAUAUCAUUCUGGAGUUAAAAAAUGGUACUGAAAAUGUGGUUGCCUUUACCACUACCUUAUUUGAACACAGCAGACAUGCUGGAUGUGUUCUGUUGUUGGGACAACCUAAAGGGAGUCAACCAGGCCGUUUGACGAUCAUCAAACAAAAACUGAAAGACAUCAUCUAUUUAAGCAGGGUUAGACGUCUCAAGAAGGGGCAUGAUGAUUUUGAUGAUGAUGAACUUAUAGAAUAUUUCCACAGAAUGAGAUACAGCAGCUAAUGGUUUUUAUUAAUGAAGAAAAUUUGCUGAAUAAUGAACACACAGUACAUCUUUGAAAAGAGUUGUGGAGAAAGUAAGUUUCAGUUCUAAGAUGGGCAAGUUAAUUUAUAGGAAGAAGGAUCGGUUGAGAAAUCGAAGAGUACUUAUUUGUGAAUACAUUAUGGCAAUGUGCCAACUUUAACAAUGAAAUGUUACUGCAGCCUUUGCUGAAGAUGUGCCUAAUGACUCUUAAGUGAUUGCCAGCAUUGAGUAAGUUUCAAAUGAUUAUUUUAAUACAAUGGGGGAAAUAUCUAUUAUAUAAUUUAUCCUUUAAUGGACAAACUAUUAAUCAAUGUACGAAUUAAUCCAAAUAAAACUAAUGGCUUAAAUUGUAGAAAUAUGAACAGUAAGUUUUCAGCCUUGUAAUACUUUGUUUGAUUCAUAUAGUUUCACAGACAUGAUCAUUAUAAUUAUUGCUAGCACCUCAAAUUAGCUGCAGUGGCAUUUUUGGGGUAAGAUGUUGAGUCUGCCCUCAGAUUAAAUAUUACUUGGCAAUCCUGCAAAGCAGGGCAAUUCACCUCGAUGUACCAGCCAAUGUUUAUUCAAUGAAUAUAACAAAUAAUUUGGUGUUUCUGGGAGCUUGCUGUGUAUAAAUUGACAACUUUAUUUACAUUGGACGUACUUCAUGGGUUAUAAGCACUUUAUAAUUUCCUGAAGUAAUGAAAGUUGCUGCUUACAUUCUUUUGUUCUUCAUGGGAAACAGGAAUAUUGGUGAGGCCAAAAAUAAAUGAUUUAGUUUAAGAUCACAAUGAAACUAAUUAUUGCAGUCUGCAUGAACUUUAUGCUAGAGAAUAGAAGUUAGUAAAUUCAGUAUGGUUUAAUUUUCUCCAAACAAAUAGUUGAUGACUUUAUACAUUCACAAAAUAGUUGAUAUUUCUGUAUGAUUAAUUCAUUGAUGUGUAUCCUUAUUACCUAUUUUGUAUUAAAUAUUUUUUGUCUAAAGUGUUUACCUGUGUAAGACAAUGACAUACAUUGAUUACACGAUUGCUAAACUUUUGGUAAAUGAAACACUUGGUAUUUAUUUCAGUAAAAAUCUCUUGUUAAAUAAAAAAUGCCAAAGACAUAAACAAUUGCCAAUUAAAUCCAACCUACCUGUGGUGUAGAUGAAUUGUACUGACACAAAAAUUGAAAAAUGAAUUAUAAAUGUAAACAAAUGUUGACAUUACCGACCUAUCCAAUUUCAAUACUGUAUUUCUUAAUUGGUGACUUUUAAUGUGCAGAAUAUCAGUUACCUUGGCAAUGUGACUAUAAAUUACUUAAUGCUGUGUGGUUUUCUUUGUAUGUACUUCAAUGUGCUAGUGAUUUUAAGUGGAAAGUUCACCAUGCGUACACCGAACAAUUAACAUGUUAUGUAAAGCUUAUGGUUUGCAUGCCUUCUACAAAAUGAUUCAGUUAGAUGCAACGGUGGAUUGAAAUUUUCUUUGCACUAAUUUUCAGAUGUUAUAAUGGUUUUUUGCAUUGUAUUGGUGAAGUAUCUUAAAAGUGCUGUGAGAAAUGUGGUUUGUAAUUAAACUCGUAAAUUAUACCCA